CAAAAAGAAAACAUCAAACCAAAAAAAAGGCCUCAGACUCACAUCCAAUAAAGAAUGUGAAAAAGGAAUGUAUUUUCUUCAAUCGCCCUUUGUUCGGUGAGGCAGCACAAUUUCCACACACAACAACGGUUUGGGAGUAGCUGAAAACAAAGGUUACACUUGACAUCCAUGAAGAAUGAGUUGGGGGAUUUUCUUCCUCUUCUCAAAUCGUAGUCAUUAAAGAGAAGCGUAAAAAAAAACUUGUUAUUUUGAUCUCAUCAUUGGGCCCAGUCCCGUCCUAGCCCAGCCCAGCCCAACCCAACCCAAUAAGCUCUUAUCAUUACAUUUAUCUAAGCUGCUCAGCACCACCAACCCUAAGCUUUCCCUUUUUCCUACCCAUCAUCGAAUUCUGAUUGUGAUUCUGAUUCCCCUUCUAUAAAUAACCCUUCCAAUCUAAAACUUCUCCAACAAUUUACACAUCCGUUCAAUCUAAAUUUACCCUAGAAUUUGGGCUCACCAUCGUUUCUAAUUUGAAUUAUGUAUAACGGAAUAGGGUUGCAGACCCCUCGGGGCUCUGGAACCAAUGGCUACAUCCAGUCGAACAAGUUCUUCGUGCGGCCGAAGACCAACAAAGUCAUCACCGAUUCGAGCAAGGGCUUCGAAUCGGAUCAAGGAACCGCCGGUGUCACCCGGAAAGCCAACAAGGAGAUCUUGGAGCACGAUAGGAAGCGUCAGAUCGAGCUCAAGCUUAUCGUUUUGGAGGACACGCUGAGCGAUCAGGGGUAUACAGAGGCCGAGAUCGCUGAGAAGCUCGAUGAGGCCAGGAAGUCUCUCGAAGCCAAGGAUAACGAUGAGGCUCAAGGAGGAAAUAAGUCGCGUUUAUCGGAUAAAGUUUCGGUGACGCAGACUCAUCAAAUAGCUGCGUUGAAGGAAAGGCAGAUGGAAAAUCUGAAGGCUGCACUUGGAAUAGAAUCCGAAGCUGAGAGAGAGCAGAAGCGCAGUGAAGCUGAGGCACUAAAUUUCAAGGAGAUUCUCGAUGAGGGUGAAAUAGUUGAUACUGAUACUGAUCAGAGGGAAGCAACACGAAAAGUUGUAAAGAAAAAUGAACCUGGUAGGAACAAGAAAAAGCGAGCUAAGGAUUCUGAUAGCAGUGAGGGUUCUGAUGUUGAUGUUAGGAAGAGAACGGCAAAGUCAUCAUCUAAGAAGCAGAAGAGGGUUUCGAGGCAUGACAGUAGUUCAUCUGGUUCAGAAUCAGAUUCUGAAUCUGGUUCUGAUUCAGGUUCCGAGUCUGAUCAUGAUAAGAAAAACACAAGAGCUCGUGGACGCCAUGAUUCUGAUUCUGAUGACGACCAAGUCUCCCCGGAGAGGAGCAAGCAAAAGCCAAAGAAGUCUGUAAAGAGCAAGCGCCAUGAUUCUGAUGACGGCUACAGCUCCCCUGGGAGUCCCCAGAGGAGAAAGCUAAAGGAAAAGAAGUCUUCAAAGAGCAAACGGCAUGAUUCAGAUGAUGACCACAGUUCUGACGAGAGCCCUGACAGGAGAAAUCAAGAGCUAAAGAAGCAUUUGAAGAGCAUGCCGCUGUCAAAGAGCAAGCGGCAUGAUUAUGAUGAUGAGAACAGAGCCCGUGAGAGUCCGGAGAGGACAAAGCUAGAAGAAAAGAAGCCGUUGAAGAGCAUGCUGCUGUCAAAGAGCAAGCGACAUGAGGAUGAUGAUGAGCACAGCCCCCGUGAGAUUCCUGAGAUGAGAAAGCAAGAGCAAAAGAAGUCUUUAAAGAGCAGGCGGCAUGAUUCAGAUGAUGGCUACAGCUCUGGAGAGAGCCCUGAGAGGAGAAAGCAAGAGUUAAAGAAGCCUUCUAAGAGUAAGCGAUAUGAUUCUGACGAUGGCUACAACUCCGAAGAGAGCCUUGAGAGGAGAAAGAAAGAGCAAAAGAAGCCUUCAAAGAGCACACAACUCGACUCUGACGACGAUUACAACUCUGGUGAGAUCCCUGAUAGGAGAAAGCAAGAGCUAAAGAAGCCAUCAAGCAGUAAGCGACAUGAUUCUGAUGAUGGGUACAGUCCUAAGAGGGGAAAGCAGGAUGAUGAUCGUAGAAACUAUCAUAAGGGAGCUCGGAAGAUUGGAGAAUCUAACUCAGAUGAUGAAUUAAAUCCUCAUGAAGGCCUCAAGAGUAGGAAUCAGAGGGGUUAUGAGCAGAGCAGGCGACAUGGUGAUUCUGAUGAUAAAUUGGAGAAAGGUGAGAGAAGCCGAUCUGGGAAGGUGAAUCAACUACCUGGUAGUCCGAAGGACCAUCGUUACGGUAACAGGAAGAAACCCAGGAGCGACAUACAAGAUAAAUUUGGUGAUAGGUAUGGUCAAGGAAGCGACAAUGACGGACAAGAUAAAAUUGGUGAUAGGUAUGGUCAAGGAAUCGACAUUGACAGACAAAUUAAAAUUAGUGACAGGUAUGGUCAAGGAAGUGACAGUGAUUCUGAUGAAGCACCCAAAAGGGGAAGGGAACGGCGUGAUAGAGAUAAGGAUUAUCUAAGUUCUGGUCGUGGUAGGCAAGUUAGAAACAGUUCGAGAGAUGAUAAGACUGGUGAUGCCAUUGAAAGAAGUAGAGGUAAUGUUAGGGAUCAAGAUAGAGAUGAAGAAGCCAAGCCAUUAAUGAAGAAAAAAAUCGGUCAUGGUGAUGAUUCAGGUUCCAGAGGCAGAGAGAAGGAUCUUGCACGUGAUGUUGAUGAUAGACAGAAGGAUAAAGAUGAUGGAUUGAACGCAUUUCGGAAAUUGGAGCAACUGUAUGAAUCAAAGGGAGAUAGAAGUGAGGGCAUGACUCGCAGUAGGAAUGAGCCCCGACAUGAGAAUAGGAGAGAUAGUGGGGAGGAUGAAGGUUACCGACGAAGCAAACAAGAGAGAGUGGUUGAUGAAGAUCGCCAUGGAAGAAAGCAUGAAAAAGGGGAUGCUGAAGGUCGCCAUGGAAGGAGGCAUGAACGAGAGAGAGGGGAUGAUGAAGGCCGUCAUGGAAGAAGGCAAGAAAGAGAGAGAGGGGACGACGAAGAUCGCCAUGGGAGAAAGCCUGAAAGAGAGAGAGUGGUGGAUGAAGAAGAUCGCUAUGGAAGAAAGCAUGAAAGAGAGAGAGUGGAUGAUGAAGAUGGCGAUGUUAGAAAGUAUGAAAGAGAGAGAGGGGUUGAUGAAGAUGGCGAUGUUAGAAAGCAUGAAAGGCAUGGUGAUAGAGAGCCAUACAAGAGGGAUCGUGGGCGUCAACGAGAAGACGAGCAGAAAAGUAAUAAAGAUGAGAGAGGUGGGGAACACAUCUCGAAGAGGCCUAGGUAUGACGAGGGACCUUCUAGUGGAAGGAGAUACCCUGAGGAUGACAGGAGUGACGAUAGGCGGUCUCGGCGCCGGUGAUGAAUGAAUGGUUCUUGAAGUUUGCUGAUUGUAAGUUGGCUUGCAUUCAGUAAAUAGUUGUUUCUCAUAUGCAACUUGAUUGUCUGACAAUUUCGCCUGACUUUUGCAGUGUGAUAUGCCAUAGGCAACAGUUGGCUGCUGCUUCUCUUGGGGUAAACCAUGUUAAAACAGAAGACUCUUUGCUGGUGACUUGUUCUUUCCUUUGUAUUUGUUUUAUGGUUUGUAAUGUGUGAUAUUGGUAUGAAAUUGCUGUAAUGCAGUCAGCAAUUUGAAUUCUCAGGUUUGACAAUGCUUGUGUCGAUGGAUUCACUUUUGAUUUAUUCAUCUAUGUUAUCUUA